AAUAACAAUAAAAUUGAUAAUAAUAACAAUAACAAUCAUAAUAAUAAUAUAAAUAUAAAUAAAACUACCACAAACACAUCAAUAAAUAAUAAUAGUAAACCGAAAGGUAGUGAGGAUUCUUCACCCUUGCAAACUUCAACAACUUCAUUGAUGACAAGAUCAAGAGCCGCAUCAAAACCACCAGCUUCAAAUAUCACAACCACCCCAUCAAAAUCGAACAAGAGAGGGUCUUUAACUCCUACAACCACAACCACCACUACACCCAAUAAAAUUAAUAAUACUAUCAGUAAAAGACCAGCAACAAGAAGAAAUUCGAUAGUUAAUGACGAGGAAGAGGAGGAUGAUGGUGGAGAGGUUUUAAACGAUGUUAAUUUUGAAAAUAGUGAUAAUGAAGAGCUAACAAAACGAAAAUCAAAUACACCAAAUAAAAAAACCCCUGUAAAUAGUAAAUCAAAUAACGUAUCAUCUGGAGAGGAAGAAGAUGGAUUAGAAGAAGACGAUGUUGAAGAAGAGGAAGAAAGAGAGGAAGAAGUUUUAAAUAAUGUUCGUGUUGAAUUGAAUAGUGAUGAAGAUGAAUACUUUAAAAAUAGUGCAUCUGAAGAAGAGAAUGGAUCAAAGAGUAAUGGUAAAAGAUCGACCUCGACAUCAAGAACUAGACUUAGCGUAUCACAACAAGGAUCAAGAAGAAAAAGUGCAGGUAAAAAAGUUGAAGAAUCAUCUGAUGAAGAAUCUGAUCAAGAGGUUUUAAAUUCGACAUCCCCAAGAAGAGGUUCAAGACAUAUUAAUUCAACCACCGCAAAGAAACCUGCAGGUAAAAAAUCAACACCCAAUAUUAAUAGUGUUAAUGGAAAACGAAAGAGAGCACCAUUGGUUUCAAAUACUGCAUUUAAUUCUGAAUCUGAAUCUGAUCAAUCAGGUCAGGAUUCUGAAAUUGAUGAACAUAGCAGCUCAGAAGAGGAGGUAGAGAAACCAGUAUCCAAGAUUAGAACAAGAGGAUUGGCCGCUACAAGUAAAAAUAAGAUUUCAAAACCAUUUGCAAAGAAAAAGGCAACUAGUAAAGCUACAUCUUCAAAAUCAUCGAAAUCCAGUAAAUCUUCAAAAUCACCAUCUAAAAAGAAAGAUUCAUCAUCUGAAGAAGAUUCUGAAGAUGAAAAUAAUUAUGAAAGCGACGCAGAUGAGGAAUCUGAAGUAAACGAUACUGAAGAGUCUCAAGAUUCUGAUGUCUCAAUGGAAGAUAGUGAAGAUGAUUUAAUUGAAUUAGAGGACGAAGAAGAUUUAAAGAUUCAAAGAGUUUUGGUUACAAAGUUGUUUAAAAAGAAAUUUAUAAAUUUACCAUAUUUACUUGCAGAUUAUAUAAAACUAAAUAAUAAAGAGAAUAAUAAUAUAACGAAUAAACCUGGUACAGAUACACCCGAGAUUAAAGAAGAAAAGAAGGAGAAAUCAGUUGCCUCCACAGGGCAAGAUGUAAAGAAGGAUGAAGAAAUGAAAGAUGUUGUUACAGAAAAUAAAACAGCUACUACCGAAACCAAGGAUACCGAAAUGAAAGACAUUGAUAUUGAAAAGAUGGAUGUCGAAACUGAAAAACCAACUACAAGUGCUUCUGAAGAAACCACACCAUCAACUGCAGCAUCAGCCUCCUCAACCACUACAACAACAACCACUACGCCAGCUAAGGAAGAAGAGAUUAGAUUUUUAGUAUUGUAUAAAAAUAAAUCAUACAGACACGCAAGAUGGGUUCCAGAAAAAUCAGUCGAAAAAGAAAAAGAUAGUCCAACACUUGUAAAACUAUUAAAGAAUAUUAAAAAUCAGCCACCACCUCCAAUAAACGAUGAAUCUGAAGCAAAUCCAUUUUAUUAUUUUGCACCAGAAUGUAUACAGAUCGAUAAGAUUUUAACAAAGAGAGAGAUUAGAAGCUCAAGUAAAAGCAAUAAUAAGAAAUCCAAUACUUUUUAUUUGGUCAAAUGGAAAUCAUUACCACACGAAAAGAGUACAUGGGAGCCAUCCGAUAGUUUAACAUCCGAGGAUGAUCAAGAGGCAAUCAAAGUUUUUAAUCAAACCCAGGCCAUCAUCGAACAAGGUAAAAAGCAUGUCAGUAGACCAACUAAACUUCCAGUAUUCAAUAGCGAAUUGGUACCAAAGUUCAAAGGUGAAUUGUCAUUAAAAGAUUUCCAAGUUGAAGGUUUCCUUUGGCUUACAUAUUGUUGGUACCAAGGUAGAUCCUCAUUGUUAGCUGAUGAAAUGGGUCUAGGUAAAACAAUUCAAACCAUUGCUUUUAUUCAAUACCUAAGUCAAAAAGUUGGAAUUAAAGGACCAUUCCUCAUUGUUGCUCCAUUAUCCACUCUUGGUAAUUGGCAUAAAGAAUUUUUAAAAUGGACCGAUAUGAAAACUUUGGUAUAUUAUGGUUCACAAGAAACCCGUUCAUUUAUUUCAAAAUACGAAUUUAAAGCUGGUAAAGACAAUUAUUUAUUUGAGGUUUUACUCACCACCUACGAAACUAUUAUGUCUGAUCACAGUGUUUUCGUUAGAGUACCAUGGAGAGCCUUAGUUUUAGAUGAAGGUCACAGAAUUAAAAAUGAAAAAUCAAAAGUUUUAAGCAAAUUAAAAUCAAUUAAAACUGAACAUUCAGUAAUUUUAACAGGUACACCAUUGCAAAACGAUAUGAAAGAGUUAUGGACAAUGUUAAACUUUUUAGACCCAGAAAAAUUUGAUAAUUGUAACGAUUUCUUAAAUGAAUAUUCCGAUCUAAAAGAAGAGUCCCAAGUCUCCAAACUUCAUCAAUUACUUACCCCAUAUUUAUUAAGAAGAAUGAAAGAAAAUGUCGAAUUAUCUAUUCCAAUUAAAGAAGAAACUGUAAUUCAAGUAGAGCUUUCAUCAACUCAAAAAACUUAUUAUAGAGCUAUUUUAGAAAGAAAUAGAGAAUUCCUUGCCAGAGGUAUCAGACACAAAUCAAAUUUACCAAAGCUAUCAAAUAUCAUGAUUCAAAUUAGAAAAGUUUGUAAUCAUCCAUUUUUAAUUCCGGGUGCUGAAGAGUCAAUUGUUAAACAAGAAAAGAUCUCUGGUGAAGAUGAAUUGGGUGAACUUUUAGUACGUUCAAGUAGUAAGUUGGUAUUGGUCGAUAAAUUAUUGCAAAGAUUAAAGGCUGAAGGCCAUCAAGUUUUAAUUUUCAGUCAAAUGGUAGAGUCUUUGAAUAUAUUGGAGGAUUAUCUUCAAUAUAGAGAAUACACUUACGAACGUUUGGAUGGUUCAAUUAAAUCUGAGGUUCGUCAAGCCUCAAUCGAUCGUUUCCAAGAUAAGGAGGCUAAUCGUUUUGUUUUCCUUUUAUCAACUCGUGCUGGUGGUGUCGGUAUUAAUCUUACUACUGCUGAUACAGUCAUCCUUUUUGAUUCAGAUUGGAAUCCACAAUCCGAUUUACAAGCACAAGCAAGAUGUCACAGAAUUGGUCAAACUAAUAAUGUAAAAGUAUAUCGUUUAAUUACUAGAAAUACUUAUGAAGAAUACCUAUUUGAAUGCGCAACAAAGAAACUUUUAUUAGAUCAUAUCGUUCUUAGCACAAAUAAUAAGAAGGGUGCUCCAGGACAACAACCACCAGGUGAAUUAGAAAUUGCAGCUGCCAAUCCAUUUAAAGUCCAAGAAAAUAUUGAUGAUCCAAACUCACCAAGUCAAAUUAGUCAAAUGUUAAAAUAUGGUGCUGCUUAUCUUUUUGCAGAAUCUACCAACGAAGCCAACGAACAAGAUAAAAUUAUGAUCAAUGAAGAUAUUGACAAAAUUCUCGAACGUUCAACUACCAUCAGCUUUGACUCAAAGAACAGUAAGCCAAAUAGUCUUUCAGGUUUCUCAAAAGCCACAUUUGCAUCAAGCGAAACUGAUAUGAAUGUAGACAUGAAUGAUGAAAACUUUUGGGAAAAAGUUUUACCAGAUUAUAAGACUGUUAAACAACUUGAAGAGAAAUUGGGUAAUGGAUCAGCUUUAGCAACAGAAGAAUCUCGUGCCUCGUUUGUUCAAGAUAUAUUAGAUUUGGCUCAAUCCAAAAAAGAUGAUAUUGCUGAUAGUGUUUCAAUAGAGUUUAUUGGUGAUCUUGUUAAACUCAUUAUGAGAGUAGAAUUCAAUACCAAAUUUACAAUCGAAGAACGUGAAAAACUUCAACAAACCAAAUUACUUUUAGAGAAGCCAAGAACAAGAAAACGUGUUAUUCCUGAAGUUAUCCAAACCCACCUCAGCGAACCUAAAUCUAACAAAAAGAAGGGUAAUAGCAAUAAUCUCAUUUUGCCAGAUUCAGAUAGUAGCAGUGAUGGUGGUAGUGACACCGAUUUUGUUCUCCCAGAUGAUGGUGAUUCAUAUGAAUCAGAUGAUCACGUUGAAACCCUUGAUGGCGGCCAUACAAAUUCUUUAAGAGAAUCAAAGAGAAAAGAAAAGAAAGCUCUUAGCAAGUCCCUCAAUUCUGGUUCUUCUGCACUCAACGGUGUUUCACCACAAUUACUUUUAUCUGCUUCUUGGAACAAAUCCCAAAAAGAUAAAUUUAAACAAACUCUACUCAAAGUUGGCUACCAUCGUUGGAAGAAAAUUCAAUCUGAACUCGCCCAACAGGGAGUCAAUAAAACUGCAGCAGAAAUUCAAUCAGUUUCGGAAUCAUUCUUACAAAUUGGUCUUGUACAACAAGGCUCACUUAUUAAAGAUUUCUAUGAAAUUUUUUUAGAUGACACUUCAACUUAUAAUUAUUAUAAAAUGGGUUUCGAUACAGAAAACAAAAUUAUCUAUAACACUGAUCCAACUCCUUCAAACAUCAAAAGUUAUGAAGUUAAAAAAUCAUUUAACACAAGCGGUUUAUUCUGUUCCCAAGUUAUUAAUGUUAAAUGGUCGGUAUUAGAUAAAAAUAAAGGUAAUAAUAAACCAUCAGAUAAUAAAUCAUUAGAAAAUAAACCAUCAGAAGAUAAACCAUCAGAUAAUAAAUCAUUAGAAGAUAAAUCAGAAGAUAAAAUGGCAGAAGAUAAACCAACUGAAAAGAAUGUAGAUGAAAAUAAAGAAAAAGUCGAUGAAACAAAGAAACAAGAACAAGACAAAGAAAAGCUUUGUGAAGAUAAACCAGUUGAAGAUAAAUCUAAUAAAGAUGAUAAACCAGCCGAAGAAAAACUUGAUCAAGAAGACAAACCAGUUGAGGACAAACCAAUCGAAAAUAAGGAAGAUAAAGCAGAAGAUAAGGUCGAAGAUAAGUCAUCUGUUACUGCUGCUGAAGAUAAACCACUUGAUGUUAAAGAACAAGAAGCAGCCGAAGAAAAACAAUCAUCUAGCCAAGAUAAAUUAAAUGAAAAAUCUAAUGAAGAUUCAAAACCAAGUGAUAAAUCUGUUACAACUAAUGAAGAUCAAAAGCCAGAAGAAUCAAAGGAUAAAAUGGAUGUUGAUUCAAAUGAUGCUAAUAAAUUAUCAACUGAACCAAUAAAAUCUGAAACCCCAGCUGUACCACCACCAAAACCAAUUUCAAUUAAAAAUCCAUGUAAAACUCCAGCUUAUUAUUUGGUCAUAACAUUAGAUAAUUUCCAAAAUUCACAAAUUGUUCGUACCUAUCCAUUGGGAGAAGCUGAAAGUGGUUCAAUCGAAAUAACAUUACCAGGUUUUGCAAAUUUAUAUGAAUUUAGAGUGAUGUUUUCAAACCCAUCAACAAAUACAUUCCGUUUUGUUAGCGAACCAUUCAAAUUUACUGUUGGCAGCAAUACAAUUUGGCAAAACAAUGAUUUCCCAUCUUUCUCAACAAGAAUUCAAACUGUUAUUACUCGUCUUAUUCAGUUAAGAGCAAUUAAACAAUUGGUUAAUAAAUAUGGUAAACAGUUAUUAACUCUUAAUAUUCCUUACAUUUCCAGAGGACCAAUUCCAACUUGGAGUUCUGAUAAUGACAAGAGUUUAUUAGUGGGUGUUUACAAACAUGGCUAUGGUAAAUACACAGAAAUUUUUGCUGAUCCAGAAUUGGACCUUAUGACAAAUGUAAAGAGAUCUCAACUACAACAACAACCAUUUAACUCCCCACCAGAUCCAUCAAAUCCAAACAAUAAUAUUGAUAUUGACGAGUUGGGAGAUACUCCAAAUUCAACCAAUAUUGCUUCUCCAAGUGGCGGUACAAAUACUGCCUCUGCUGCAGAAAAAAUCCCAUCAGCUGAGUCACUUAGAAGAAGAAUUCAAAAAGUCACAGACCAAAUAUUAAAGAAAGAACAUAAUGAUAAACUAUUAAAGCAACACUUGGCUCAACAAAAGCAACAACAAAUUCAACAACAAAUCCAAAGAGAAAAGGACCAAAAAGAAAGAGAGCACAGAGAAAAAGAGCAAAGAGAAAGGGAGCACAAGGAAAGAGAACAACAAAUUAAAGGUGGUUAUCAAUCUACAAAAUCAAAAUAUAGCAAUUAUUAUGAAGAUAAUUACCAACCAUCAACUCAUUAUCGUAAACCAGAAUAUAGCGGUGGUGAUAUUUCAUCUGAUGAAGAUGACGAAGAAUAUAAUAAAUUAAAGAAAAUGAAACUUAAUCACAGUAAUGGUGGUAAUAAUGGCUCAUUCUUUAAAGGCAAUAAUGGAAGUUUCUUUGAUAAACCACAAGCUCCACAACAAUUACCAUCACUCGGUAAAAUAAUUCAAAAGACUAGUUCAAAAUCAAAUACAUCACAACAACAAUCACCAUUGUCUUCUCCAAAUCAAUAUCAAACAAACAAACAAUCAUCUUUAUUAUCAACACCACAAUCACCAAGUAAACCAACCAAAUCUUAUCAAAACUUUAAUAUUAGACUUUUAUGGGAAAAUAGAAUUUAUCCAAUUUCAAUUCCAACAUUUACCACACUUGAUUCAUUAAAGAGAUUAUUUAUUGCAAAAGCAUGUAUUCAACAAAUUGUAGGUGCUGCAGGCGAGGAUCAAAACCAUAUCUUAAGAUUCUAUUAUAAUGACCAACCAAUUCAGAAUGGAAUGAAGCUUCUUGACUUUGGCAUUAAAGAUAAUGAUCGUAUAAGUGUUUUCUGGGAAUCUAAAUGGAAAACUAUUCAAGUUAAAGGCUUUGAAUACGAAAGUGUUUUAAUGAAUGUUCAAGAUGAUACUCUUUUAGAAGAUAUUGUCAAGGCAUAUUUCAUCAAUUCACAACCACCAUACGAUAUAAAGAAUCUUAGAAUCGAAUAUAAUAAUCAAACAUUAUCAUUAAGUUCCGAUGUUGGUACAAGUAAGAUCAAGACCGAAUCUUUCCUUUUUAUUGUUCCAUCACAAGAUAUCAUUCGUGUAUUUGUAAAUCCAUCAUGGGGUGCAGAGAAAGAAACAUAUGCUCUUCAUAAAAUGACAACAUUAUUAUCAAAACUAAUGGAUUCAUUCUUAAAGAAACACUCUUUACUUCCAAAACAAAUAGAUUUCUUUAUUCCACGUCUUGGUACCUCUCUCAAAGGUGAUAAAACUCCUUCGCAAUUAUUAAUCGAAGAUGAAACCGAAAUCACUGCUAUUUUAUUAUUAGUCCGUGUUGAUGUUGUUUUCAGUGGAACUACUGUACCUUAUUUCCUUAGUACCACAACAUCAUUCGAAUCAUUAUUCCAACGUUUCUGUGAAAAACUAAAUAUUGAUAGAAGAACAACAGUUUUCUCUUACGAAAAUAGACGUCUUUUACCCGAUGAAACUCCAGAAGGUAUUCAUAUGAAACCACAUGUUACAAUUGAAGUUAAAACCAAUCAACCAAUUCAAUCACCAACUAAUCGUUUUAAUCAAUUACCUCCACCAUCACCACAACGUCAACAUCAAUCAUCACCACAACCACCACAAACACAGCCACAACCCUCACAACAUCGUUCACAAUCAUCUCAACAAUCUCAGCAUAGACAACAUCGUCAAUCACCAUCACAACAACCACCAUCUCCACAUCGUCAACAAUCUCAACAACAUCAUCAACAACCACAAACACAACAAUCAAUUAUCGAGGUUGAAGUUAAAUUAGUUGGCCAAGAUGCUGGUAGUUUUAUUAAAAUGCAUACUUUAAAUCCUUUCCCACUUCACAUUUUAAUGGAAAAAUUCUGUCAAGAACAUAACCUUAUUAGAAACAAUACUCUUUUCACUUAUAAGGGACAACAGUUAAAUCCAAAUUCAACAUUAGUGGAUAUCAAUUUACAAGAUGGGGAUAUUAUUGAAUGUCAUUUAUUAAAACAUUAA